AUGUCCGCGAAAGCAGUGAGUGAAUUGAGCGGUAAAGAAUUAUUAUACCGACAUUUAUCGGAUUUGCAGUAUGUUAAUAAGCCAUUUGCAAUAAGAAUUCGAGAAAAUGAUUGUUUCGAUUCGAUCAUUGAAAAUUUCGAAUGGGUUAAAAGUGCUCAAAAAGUAGUCAUUAAACCAGAUCAAUUGAUCAAAAGACGUGGCAAGCAUGGUUUAAUUAAAUGUGGUAAUUUGAAAGAAGUACGCGAUUGGUUUAACGAAAAGAAAGGUCAAAAUAUUCAGAUUGGCAAAACUAUUGGUCGAUUGCAUAAUUUUAUCAUUGAACCAUUUUGUGAACAUAACGAUUUGCACGAAAUGUAUCUCGCAGUUUUUAGUCAAAGGCAAGAGGAUGUAAUACUUUUCUAUGAACAUGGUGGUGUAAACGUUGGAGAUGUCGAUGCAAAGUUUCUAAAUCAUUUUUUAAAAUUUAGAUCAAUUGGCGAAUUCGUACAAAAACUCUAUGAUAUCUAUGUUGAAAAUCAUUUCACCUACUUGGAGAUUAAUCCACUUGUAAUAAAAGAUGGAAAAAUAUAUAUCUUGGAUUUGGCUGCUAAGCUUGAUGAAACGGCUCUGUUUCUUUGUUCAGAACUAUGGAAAACUCGUGAUGGGCAUCCACUUGAAUUUCCAGCUCCGUUUGGUAGAAGUCUGACAGUUGAGGAGCAGUAUAUUGCGGAAUUAGAUUCAAAAACCGGUGCUUCAUUAAAAUUGGUCAUAUUGAACCGAAAAGGUCGCAUUUGGACAAUGGUAGCUGGCGGAGGUGCAUCUGUUGUUUUUGCUGAUACGGUUUGUGACUUGGGAGGAGCGAGUGAACUUGCAAAUUAUGGUGAAUACUCUGGCGAUCCAAGUGAAACAUUGACUUAUGAAUAUGCAAAGACAAUUCUCGGUGUUAUGACAGAAGGUGAGCCAAAUCCAAAUGGAAAAGUGUUAAUAAUUGGUGGAUCUAUCGCUAAUUUUACUAAUGUUGCAGCUACUUUUAAGGGAAUAGUUCGUGCAUUUCAAACAUUCCAAACAAGGCUUCGCGAACAUAAAGUUACUAUUUUUGUUCGUCGAGGUGGACCCAACUAUCAAGAAGGCUUACGAAGGAUUAAAGAAAGCGGUGCGAAAUUUAAUUUGCCGAUAUUUGUGUAUGGUCCCGAAACGCAUAUGACAAGUAUUGUAGCUGCUGCCUUGAAGCUUCGCCCUCUUCCAGAGAGUCCAGCUGCUCCACAAACUACUGGUCAAUUCCUUCUGCAACCGGAACGCUUUGCAGCUGGAACCAUACGAUCGGAACCAUUACGUAACGUAGCAACUUCACCCAGGCGAACAGUUUCUGGUGAAAAUUCUGCCUUGGUGGUAGAUGGUUGCCCAUUAUUACCUUUAAUAAAUCUUUUCGAUUGUGAUACCAAAGCAAUCGUUUGGGGACAGCAAAUAAAAGCUAUACAGGGAAUGUUAGACUUCGAUUUCGUAUGUGGUCGUGAACAACCUUCGGUAGUGGCUUCUACUUAUCCAUUUACGGGUGAUCAUAAACAGAAAUUUUAUUUUGGACACAAGGAAAUCUUAAUAUCAGCCUAUAAAUCAAUGAAAAAGGCUAUAAUAUCUCAUCCAAGUGCGUCAGUGAUGGUCACUUUCGCUUCACUUCGAUCAGUCUAUGAAAUGGUUUUGGAAGCUAUGGAAUUUCCUCAAAUUCGUGUAAUUGCGAUCAUUGCUGAAGGUGUUCCGGAAAAUUUGUCGAGAAAAAUAAUCAAGAUCGCUAACGAAAAGGGUGUUAUGAUAAUUGGUCCUGCAACAGUUGGUGGCAUAAAACCUGGCUGCUUUAAAAUUGGUAAUACUGGUGGUAUGAUGGAUAAUAUACUUUCUUCAAAGUUAUAUCGUCCGGGAAGUGUGGCUUAUGUUUCGCGUUCCGGAGGAAUGUCAAAUGAACUCAAUAAUAUUAUCUCACAGAAUUCCGAUGGAGUUUAUGAAGGUAUUGCUAUCGGCGGUGAUCGCUAUCCGGGAAGCACAUUCGUCGAUCAUUUAAUGCGUCACGAAAGAGACGAAAGAGUAAAAAUUAUGGUUCUUCUCGGCGAACUUGGUGGUGAUUUAGAAUAUAAAGUGGUGGAGGCUCUUAAAAAUAAGAGAAUUACCAAACCUCUCGUUGCUUGGUGCAUUGGGACUUGUGCCGAUUACAUUACUUCAGAGGUUCAAUUUGGUCAUGCUGGUGCCUCAGCAAAUGCUAAAUCUGAAACAGCAGUUGCAAAAAAUUCUGCUUUGCGUGAUGCGGGUGCUAUAGUACCGAAUUCUUUCGAUGAUCUUGGUCACCAAAUUGCGAAGAUAUACGAAAAACUAGUUAAGGAUGGCAUAAUUGUUGUGCAGCAGGAAGUUCCACCACCAGCAGUGCCUAUGGACUAUGCUUGGGCAAGGGAACUCGGGUUAAUUAGGAAGCCUGCAUCUUUCAUGACGUCAAUUUGUGAUGAAAGAGGCGAGGAACUUUUAUAUGCGGGGGUACCAAUUUCUAGAGUGCUCGAGCAAGGACUUGGAAUUGGUGGAGUAUUGAGUUUACUUUGGUUUCAAAAACGACUUCCCGACUAUGCUAACAAAUUUAUUGAAAUAUGUUUGAUGUUAACUGCUGAUCAUGGACCAGCUGUAAGUGGUGCUCAUAAUGCUAUAGUAUGCGCAAGGGCUGGAAAGGACCUUGUUUCAUCACUUGCAUCUGGAUUAUUAACCAUUGGUGAUCGAUUUGGAGGUGCACUUGAUGGCGCUGCACGUCAAUUUAGUGAAGCUUUUGAUAAAGGAUUAUCGCCAAUGCAGUUUGUUAAUGAACAACGUCGUAUUGGAAAAUUUAUAAUGGGAAUUGGUCACCGUGUUAAAUCGAUCAAUAAUCCUGACAAGCGUGUGGAAAUUCUCAAAAAUUUCGCUCUCGAUCGUAACAAAUUCAAGCAAGAAACUCCUUUAUUUGAAUAUGCUCUAAAAGUUGAAGAAAUUACGACAGCAAAGAAACCAAAUUUAAUUUUGAAUGUGGAUGGAGCCAUAGGUGUUUUAUUUGUUGAUGUUUUACGUUGUUCUGGAAUGUUUACACCUACAGAAGCUCAAGAAACUGUUGAAAUUGGAGCGUUGAAUGGUCUCUUUGUUCUUGGUCGCAGCAUUGGGUUUAUUGGGCAUUACUUGGAUCAGCGGAGAUUAAAGCAAGGAUUAUAUCGUCAUCCAUGGGACGAUAUAACGUAUGUUAUGCCUGAGGGUGAAUUUGGAAUGGAUAAUAUGAGCUGCACGAUCUUACCAUCAUGA